AUGGAGGUCAAUGACCUUUGGGACUUCCUGAACCGAACAAGGGAAUCGGGGAAAUACCCUGAUGACGACAGACUUGGGCUGCCGGGAGGGGGACCCCCUUACACGGACGACAUGAUGAGGCACCACCUCGGACCCCUGUGGGACUUCCACGAGCUCUUCCUCCAGGUGUACGGCUACGCUUCUAUCGUGGUUUGCAUCUUUGGCAUCCUCACCAACGUCAUCAACAUUACGGUGCUGAUGGCCAAGGACAUGCGCACUGCCACGAACUACCUGCUGACGUUUUUAGCCAUCUCGGACAUACUGACCAUGCUGCCGUACAUUCCUUACAUAUUCCACUUCUACUGUCCGCUGACUGACCCAACGGAUACCCCGGCCAAGUAUACUUACAACUGGAUUCUUUACAUGCUGAUAAUCGUCUACCUUUUCGCUACGACGCAUACAAUUUCAAUCUGGCUGGCGGUAACCCUGGCUGCUUUUCGUUUCUGCCAAAUCCGAUCUUCUUGCCCGCGGGGGCCUCUGGCUAAAGAACGCCGGAUCCGGCACGUGAAAAUCGCCGCGGCGAUAAUCUACGUGUUGUCUUUGAUAAUCCUAAUCCCGUAUUACGUAACAAACGAGAUUAAAAAAGAGAGGAUAAGCUACACGAACGUGACCUUCUACACGCUGAACAUGAAACAGCUGGGGACGUCAGACACGAGUCUCGUCGUCUUCACCAGUUACAUCACCUACGCCAUCCUGGCCAAAAUCUUGCCUUGCAUCCUCAUCCUCAUCUUCAGCGGCUCCCUCCUCUACCACAUGGGGGUCAAGGCCGUGCGCCGACGCCAAAGACUCUCAGCCACCCGCCAGCGAGUCAACACGACCAGGAUGCUUCUGGUCGUCCUCAUGCUGUUCAUCUUCACGGAACUUCCUCAAGGCAUUCUCUUCAUCCUCAGCGUGUCGGUGCCAGACUUCCACCGCAACGUCUACUACCCACUCUCGGAACUCACCGACUUCAUCGCCCUGUUGAACAACGCCAUCAACUUUGUCCUGUACUGCGUCAUGUCCCAACAGUUCCGGGACAAGUUCUUCAGCAUCUACAUCAAGCCGAUCUGCGAGAGGCGCCGGACCAUGAUCACAUCGACCUCGGAACUGCUCAUCCUGAGGGAACAUGUUCCCCGUACGGUCACUACUACCACACACGAUGAGAACGGCAGGGUAUGA